UUAUAAACUUCACAUCUCUCUCUUUUAGCUCACUUCAAUAACAUUAUUCAAAAAUAAUUAAAAUAAAAAGAAAAAAAAAAAAAAAACUCUCUGCGUUUCGAUUUUUAAAGUUAGUUACGUUACUUGGGAAUGCUAACUGGUUUAAACGACAAUCUUCAUCCAAAGUUGAAAAGUCUGAAACGGCAAGUCGUUUUUCGAAUCUGAGAAUUUGGAGCAGUGAUAUAUGAAGGAGUUUGCUGUGAAUUUGAUUUCCUGAUUACAAAAUUAGGAUAAACUUUAUUUGGAAUUUUGUUGUACAGAAAUGUCAGGAUUUGAAGGGCAAUGUAGUAAUGAUGAAAUUAGGGAGAGGAGAUCGGAUGUUGAUUACUCGGAAGAUGAGAGGCGACAGUAUUCUAAAAUUGGAACACUCAAGAAGAAGGCAAUGAAUGCUUCUUCUAAAUUCACUCAUUCACUUAAGAAAAGAGGAAAACGGAAAAUUGAUUAUAGGGUUCCAUCGGUGUCGAUCGAGGAUGUGAGAGACGCACGAGAGGAGACUGCGGUUCUUGAAUUGCGCCAAAGACUUGUUGAGAGGGGAUCUUUGCCUCCCAGGCAUGAUGAUUAUCAUACAUUGCUGAGGUUUCUUAAAGCUAGGGAUUUUAAUAUUGAGAAGACAAUUCAAAUGUGGGAAGAAAUGCUUAUUUGGCGAAAGGAAUAUGGAACUGAUGCCAUUCUAGAGGAGUUUGAAUAUGAAGAGCUGGAAGAAGUAUUGCAGUAUUAUCCUCAAGGUUACCAUGGAGUCGAUAAGGAUGGUAGGCCAGUUUACAUUGAGAGGCUCGGGAAAGCUCAUCCAAGCCGCCUGAUGCGCAUCACCACAAUAGAUCGAUAUUUGAGAUAUCAUGUCCAGGAGUUCGAGAGGGCUCUGCAAGAGAAAUUUCCAGCAUGUUCCAUUGCAGCAAAGAGACAGCUUUUUUCAACAACAACGAUAUUGGAUGUACAGGGCUUGGGAAUGAAAAAUUUCUCGCGUACUGCGGCAAAUCUCUUGGCUUCCAUGACAAAAAUAGAUAGCUGUUACUAUCCUGAGACAUUACAUCAAAUGUAUGUUGUCAAUGCUGGUUCUGGCUUUAAGAAGAUGCUUUGGCCUGCCGCACAAAAGUUUCUUGAUCCCAAAACUAUUGCAAAGAUACAGAUUCUUGAUUCCAAGUCUCUAUAUAAACUACAGGAAGCCAUUCACUCUAGGCAGUUGCCAGACUUUCUGGGUGGUUCAUGUACAUGUCCUAGCGAAGGUGGAUGUCUCAGGUCUAACAAGGGUCCAUGGAAUGAUCCUGAUAUCAUGAAGCUGGUACGUAAUGCUGAGGCAACAUUUGUGAGGCAAAUCACCAGGUCGUCCAAUGAACAGCAUAACUUUGACUCCUUUCAGUUACACUCACUGAAGGAGCGUUGCAGUGACUCUUCAACAGCAGAAUCAGGGUCUGAUAUGAAUGAUUACUCUUCUCCUACCAGACAAAGGAGCUCUAGUUAUCCUCGUUUAGCGCCAGUUCGUGAAGAAGUCAGGGUACCGGAUGCCAAUGGCUACUACAGCUGUGAUGAUAGUGCUCUAUUAUCAGCUCAGAAUGUGAUCGAAAAUGGUCGACUUCACCUUACUCGAGAGCAGUCUUUGCAAACUAAUGAUAUGGAGAAUGCUGCAUGUAGGACAAAUUCAGAAGGUACUUCAGUCAGCAAUUUGUUCAUCAUUAUCAAGGAAAGAUUAGAGAAAACAAAUUUCUUAUAUGUACCACAAGUGCUGAUGUCCUUUGUCGAAAGACUCAUUGCGUUCAUCCGCUGUCUAAGAUUUGAAUUUUGGAGAACACCUUACAUGAUUCACCCAUCAAAUUCCAUGGAACGUGACAUUAAUAACCACUCAUCAGCUAUUGAAGCAACUCCUGAAAGAGAUUAUAUUCUUCCUUGCGAACAGCGUCUUCAGAGGUUAGAAAAAGUUUUUAACGAACUUAACAACAAACCUGAUGGCAUGCCUUUAGAGAAGGAGCACAUGCUUAUGGAUUCCUUGGAUAGAAUAAAGUCUGUUGAGUUUGAUCUUGAGAAGACAAAGAGGGUGCUACAUGCUGCAGUGACGAAGCAGCUUGAAAUUACUGAUUUGCUGGAGAACAUGCAGAAGUCGAAGUGUCGACAAAGAAGGUUAUUCUGUUGAAUCAUCAUUUUGAGUCGAGGGAGUUGCUAACUAGAGCAUACACUUACUACAGGCAUGGGGAUUUGGUAUAGUAUACACAAUUUACGUUGUUUUAUAAAUAUUAAUAAUAAUAAAUAAUAUAUAUAUAAUGUAAAUUUCCUCUUUAAAGUGUCCCCCCUCUUUUUUCAUAGUAAAUAAAUGACAAUUUGUAGUUUUUCAAUGUGUUCUGUUCAGUUUUAUACAGUGUAGAUAAUAGAAAAGCUUAUUGUGCUGAAAAUUUGAGAAAUUCAUGUGUA